AAUGUCCUUAAGCGUGUAGCUGGUUACUGUUGGCAAUAGGAGGAAUCGAAGACAGGGGCGGAGAAACGCAUCGGAUCGAAUGGAAGUGGUGAAGAUGGUGGGUUUGAAGCCACUGAUACGACGACGUUUGGGUCUGAGAGAGUCCAUUCUAUGUUCCCUAUCCGAGAAGCUCAACCCCCCACUUCCCUCGCGCGUCACCCCCAAACGCUUCCUGGAUCUCCACCAGUUUGGAAAUAAGGAAGCAAUUGAAAAGGAGCGCGCUCGGCUUUCAGAUGAAUUGAAUAGGGGAUACUUUGCUGAUAUGGCUGAAUUCAAGCAACAUGGUGGUAAGAUUGCUGUUGCUAAUAAAGUGAUAAUACCAGCAAUGGAAGCCGUGAAGUUUCCUGAUCUUGAAGUCAGCUUUGCAAGUGGUAAAACAAUGAAGCUUCCUAUCCGUGUUUGUGACAGUGUAGUUGAUUCUGAUAAAUCAUCUGUCCCCAAGGCAUCUUUGUAUUGUCUUUCAUUUCGAGCAAGCUCCCAGGUAUUGAUCAAUUCUUGGAGUGUGCCUUUUGUAGAAGCCUUUAGAAAAUCAGAAGAUGUUCAUCUAUAUCAGGUAUCAUUUAUAGAUUCGUGGCUUUUAUGUCAGUCUCCUAUAAAGCGUUUCCUUCUCUGGACAAUGAAGAAGCCUAAUCAUUUUGAAAGCAAGGAUGCACCUCAGAAGCAGAUGGUGUACUCAUUUGGUGACCACUAUUAUUUCAGAAAAGAACUAAAGAUAUUGAAUCUCCUAACAGGGUAUAUCUUUCUACUUGAUAAUUUUGGUAGAGUAAGAUGGCAAGGUUCUGGAUUGGCAACAGAAGAUGAACUGUCUUCCCUUUUUUCUUGCACAUCACUUCUUCAAGAUGAAUAAUGAGAUAUUUUGGGCUGUGAUAAACAUGGUUGGAUGAGAUUUUGCAGUUUUAACUAGUCUGUAACACAUUUGUGGGGAAGGAAAGCUGUAAACCAUGGAAGGUGUGAGGAUAAGUAGUUUUUUUUUUUUUUUUAUCUUUUGAUACAUAUCUUAAAGAAAAUGAAAUUCAUUCAAAUAAAAGCACAAAAGAACUUACAAUUCUGUGUCAUCCACAGUUAUCUUACC